AUGGCCGGGUCACAAUUGAAGAGGCUGAAAGCCUCUCUCAAAGACCAAGGAAUUAUUGGUCCCCAGCAGUCCAAGAAACAGAAACGCAAGAAUGCCGAGGAGCAGAAGGCGAGACCCGACAAGCGCCUACAGCGGGGAGAAGCCCUGGCUAGCAUUCGCGAGCAGUUCAACCCCUUUCAGUUCAAGACGAACGCUCGCGGGCCCAAGUUCGAGGUCACCACCAACAAGCCGGCCAAUGACAAGGCGACGAUGAGCAUCAAGGGACGGCCCGGGUUGGCGAAGGCAGUGGGCGAGGAGCGGCGGCGGCAAACCCUUCUGGUCGAAAUGCAACGGCGCAACAAGGUCGGCGGGCUUAUCGAUAGGCGUUUCGGCGAGGAUGAUCCGAAUAUGUCGCUCGAGGAGAAGAUGAUGGAAAGAUUCACCCGGGAGCAGCAGCGGAACCACAAGAAGAGUUCCAUGUUUGAUCUCGAAGAGGACGACGAACCAAUGGGGGGAUUGACCCAUAUGGGCAGGCCCCUAUUCGACGAUGAUGAAGACCAGGUACCCGUGAAGGAUGAUUUCGAUGAGGAGGACCUAGCGUCGGGGGAUGAAUCCGACAACUCGCGCGCGGAAAGAAGGAUGUUAAAGCGCCAACGCCGAGCGGAAGCCGGGGAGGAGCAGGAGGAGGAGGAUGACGACGAUCAGCCCGAACGGAAAAAGACGAAAAAGGAGAUCUACGAGGAAAUUAUCUCCAAGUCAAAGCAGCACAGAUAUGAACGGCAAGCGGCCAAAGACGAAGACAGCGAGCUCAGAGCCGAACUCGAUCAGACCAUGCCUGAGAUCCAAGCACUUCUUUUCCAAAGACAAAAACCGCCGGCGAAGGAUGGGCCCUCCAUGGUCAUUGCCGGGAAGGACAAAUCAGCCCUCGAUAAGGAUUACGAUCUCCGGAUAAGAUUGCUCGCGGCGGAUAAACGAGCGCAGCCCGCCGAAAGGACGAAGACGGAGGAGGAAACGGCAGAAGAGGAGUCGAAGCGACUCAAAGAACUCGAAGAGCGGCGGCUCAAACGCAUGCGUGGAGAGGUGGUUUCGGAUGAUGAAGAUGACGAGGAGAAGGGCAAGAGAGGGAAAGCCAACGACGAGGAUGCUGACAAUCCGUUCGACGCCGAGGAUGAUGAUGAUGAAUAUGGCUUGGGUGCGGGAGUCAAAUACCGGCCGACUGCCGCUGAACUAGGAUUCGACGACGAGGACGACUUUUUAAUCGACGACGAUCUCGUUGCCAGUGGCUCCGAAUUGGAGCUCGAGAGCGAUAUGGAGGAUGAGGGGAGUGAUGAUGAGGAUGCGGGGUCAGAAUCUGGAUCCGACGACGACGAGUUUGUCAAGGGGAUCCUGACAGAAGCGGUUACCAAGGAUCCCGUUUUCCAAAUAUCUAGCAACACUAAGGGAGACGACGAGGACGGCAUUCCCUACACAUUCCCCUGCCCACAGACCCACGCCGAGAUGCUCCAGGCUUUUGAUGGUAUCGAAGUCUCUAAACUUCCCGUGGCUGUCCAACGAAUCCGGGCGCUCUACCACCCCAAGUUGGAUAGCAAAAACAAGGAGAGACUGGGCAACUUUUCCCAAGCCCUUGUACAACAUGUCGCGUACCUGGGCGAUAAUUUCGAGCCGCAAUGGUUCCCUACGUUGGAGAACCUGAGCCGACACAUUCACUCCCUCGCCAAGUCUUUCCCUAUCGAAGUGGCCAAGGCAUACCGCGCCCACAUCCAGGAGAUCGAGCAAAAUCGUCCUCUGGCCCUCACGGUGGGGGAUCUUGUCCUUCUAACUGCGGUUGGUACAACCUUCCCAACAUCCGACCACUUCCACCAGGUCGUCACUCCCUCCAUGUUAGCUAUUGCUCGUUACCUGGGGCAAAAGAUCCCUCAGGCGCUCUCAGACUACGCAACUGGAACCUAUCUCUCGAUCCUUGCGCUCCAGUAUCAACAGUUCUCGAAGCGCUACGUGCCAGAGCUGAUGAACUUCUGCCUCAACACCCUCUGCUCCCUCGCCCACGAGAAGACGCGAAAAAGCCUAGGUUUCUUCCCCGUCCACGAUCCGGCCGCGGGGACCCGGAUCAAGGGCGCCAGCAAAACCACAAUCCGGCAGCUGAACUGCGGCGACUGCCAGCCCAAGCAGUCCCUCUCCGCCGCCGAAGAAGCAUCCCUCAAAGUAGCCCUCAUCAGCACCACCACGGCCAUCCUCAAAACCGCCGCAGAAACCUGGCACAAACUCCCCGCCUUCCACGAGACCUUCCACCCCGCCCUACUCGUCCUCCAACACCUCACCAGCAAACCCACCGCCACCUACCUCCCCCCCGCCCUCCUCACCAAAAUAACCGACACCACCACCACCCUCACCCGCCUCCUCCAACUCGCCCGCCUCUCCCGCCGCCCCCUCGAACUACACCACCACCGGCCACUCGCCAUCCGCUCCUACAUUCCCAAAUUCGAAGACGCCUUCGACCCCAACAAGCACUACGACCCCGACCGCGACCGCGCCGAGCUGGCCAAGCUGCGCGCCGAGCACAAGCGCGAACGGAAAGGGGCUCUGCGCGAGCUGCGCAAGGACGCGGCCUUCAUGCAGCGCGAGAACCUGCGCGUCAAGAAGGAGCGCGACGCCGCCUACGAGAAGAAGUACAAGCGGCUCGUGGCCGAGAUCCAAGGCGAGGAAGGCAAGGCGGCCAACGAGUAUGCGCGGGAGAAGGAGGCGAGGAAGAGGAAGGCUGCGAGGGGGAGGUAG